CGCACUUCGUAUUGUUGGGGCUGGCGCGCCAAGUACUGUUUGAAUUUUGACCUGGACUUUUAGCUUCAAAUGGCCGCCGUGGACUAUUGAUCUGCUACGGUUAGAAUAAUGAACAAUCCUCGGACUUUAGACGCUGCACAACCUUUAGACCAGUUUGACGACGGCGUGAUACUCGACGGAAGAAUCGAAGGCGGACAAUGUCCACAAUCUCCCGGCGCCGCCGCCGCUGCCGCCGCCGGACUAAACGGAGUCGCCAACCCACUGUGCGCCAUCUGCGGUGACCGGGCGACGGGAAAGCACUACGGAGCGUCGAGCUGCGACGGCUGUAAGGGCUUCUUCCGUCGCAGCGUGCGCAAGAACCACGUCUAUAGCUGUCGCUUCCAGCGGCAGUGCGUCGUCAACAAGGACAAGCGAAACCAGUGCCGCUACUGUCGGCUGCGAAAAUGCUUCCGAGCGGGAAUGAAGAAAGAAGCCGUCCAGAACGAGAGAGACCGCAUCAGCGUGCGGCGCUCCAGCUACGACGAGAGCGGCUCUCAGUCGUCGCUCUCCGUAACCGCCCUGCUCAACGCCGACCUGCAAGCGAGACAAGUAUGCGAC